AUGAAACUUCAGAAAGAAAUCCAACGACGUCUGCGUCAUGUGAAGAAUAUAAAGUUUGAACCGACUUUGCUUCAGAAACCUUUGUCAGAAUCAGAGAAUGAAUCUGAUAUUUCAGAUAUUAAUAAUAAUCAGAAAUAUCGAAUGAAAGCUUGUGAUGGAUUCUCUGUUCUUGAGGAAGAAAUUGUCAAGCAUGAUGCAGACUGUGGAGAAAGACUUCCAACUGAAACAGUGCGCCAAUAUUUGUAUCGGUUGCAUACAAGUGGCAUCCUGACCAAAGUACCCUUGGAACUCAUUCGAAAUGUUGUUCUUCUCUAUGAAAAUGCAAGACACACUCCACAGCCUUUUGAAGAACCAGAAUACAGAAAAUUCAAGGAAAAUCUCAAUUUAAUCAUUACUCACAUUCGCCGUGUAACUGCUGCCACCGACCCGGAUGUUCCAAAACAGAAUGUUCAGGUCGUAUUUCAGGGCAUGAAAAAGGGCCGACAUGGCUGUACAAAAUCAAUGAUCCAGCCACGUUCCCAGGGCAGCAGAGACCUAGAGCCCGAUCUCUCACAGGAUUUGAGUCGGGUGCGUUCGAAUACUAUGCCGACCAACCAAGAGAAGCCAAAAUUACCCAGACCAAGAAGCAGCGAUCGAGCAGCGUUACUCGAGAGCCGUCAUUCAAGUCAGCGAAGCAGUUCUGACCAUUCAACUACAGCCAGCACUCAAGGAAGUGUUGAAAAACUCAUACAUCAUAGCCAAGUUUCAACCACUCAACUUUCCUGA